AUGGGAAGCGCCGAAUAUGGAACUGCAAAGUACUUGAGUAAACAACUGAAGGCUAAGGGACUUCAGAAGUUGAGGUUUUAUUGCCAGGUGUGUCAAAAGCAGUGUCGAGAUGAGAAUGGUUUUAAGUCACACUCACGAUCACCAUCUCACAUGAGAAAGAUAAGUCAAUUAACGCCACAAGAUGUGGACAAAUAUACGCAAGAGUUCGAGAAGGACUUCCUACGUCUUCUGAGAUUAUCUCACGGGGAAAAAAAGGUCGAGGCUAAUAAGUUUUACAACGAGUUUAUACAAGACAGGGAUCACAUCCACAUGAACGCAACUAAAUUUCGUUCUCUCACGAACUUUAUAGGACAUUUGAGCAAAACGGGCAAAGUACGGAUGUACUGGCCAGGAGACGACAAUGCAACUAAUAAUGACUUAGACGAAAGUCGCAUAGUAAUAAGCUAUAUCGAUAAUUCAUUCGAAAGCUUACAGCGGAAGGACAAGCUGGCAGAGGUGGAAAAGUCAAAUAUAUCUGAACAGGUGACGAGGAACAAAAUGCUAAUGAAACAGAUUGAAAAGGGACGUGAGAUGGACAAAGAAGAGAAAGGGGAUGAAGAAUCGGGUUGCAAUGACAACGAGGGUAGUAGGAUAACACCUCUGGAGGUUGGGAAAGUAUCCUUGAAAUUGAAAAAACCUGUCAGUGUGAAGAAAGUGACGAAAAAGAAAAACGUAUUUAAAAUGAAGUAA